CUUCCUUCCUCUUGCGGGUCGGUGGCCUCUCUGCUGGAGGGAGGGACGCGGGCGGGGAGGAGGGAGGCCGACCUACCUACCUACCUACCAACCUCUCCAGGGCCAUUGCAGCAAGCACAGCAGCAAAACUUCUGAAGGUUUGGAGAAGAUAGAAAAACUACCAAGGAGAACGCUAACAAUAUAGUAAUUUUCACUGAUUAAACUUUACAAUUGCCAAUAUGUAUUAUUCCAUCUCUGAAACAAGACAUCCUUUGCAGACAGAAGAACAAGAAAUUGGCAUUGAUCCCUUGCAGAGCUUUGUGAACAAGUCUGAAGAUGGCGGGUCCAAUGAAAAUGGAAGUAUUCAUCACGACUCUGAUUCUGAUGGAACUUUUCUUUCCUAUAGUAAAGAAUGGGAAGAAUUAUUUGUAAACAACAAUUACUUGGCAACAAUACGGCUGAAGGGGAUUAAUGGGCAGCUGAGAAGCAGCAGGUUUCGUAGUGUUUGCUGGAAGCUAUUUCUGAAUGUUCUUCCACCUGAUAGAAGUCAAUGGAUCAGCCAAACAACAAAAUUAAGAACGCUAUAUAACAAGAUUAAAGAAAUACAUAUUACAAAUCCCAGGAAAGCUGGACAGCAAGACUUGAUGAUCAACAACCCACUUUCACAGGACGAAGGGAGUCUCUGGAACAGGUUUUUUCAGGACAAAGAACUUCGGGGGAUGAUUGAACAAGAUGUGACAAGAACGUUUCCGGAAAUGCAGUAUUUCCAACAAGAGAAUGUGAGAAAGAUUCUUACAGAUGUUCUCUUCUGUUAUGCUCGGGAAAAUGAGCAGUUACUUUAUAAACAGGGCAUGCACGAACUCUUAGCACCUAUUGUAUUCAUUCUUCAUUGUGACCACCAAGCUUUUCUACAUGCUAAUGAAGCUGCACAGCCAAGUGAAGAAAUGAAAGUUCUCUUGAACCCUGAAUACCUAGAGCAUGAUGCCUAUGCCAUGUUUAUCCAUCUUAUGAAAACAGCGGGACACUGGUUUUCAACCUAUGAAAAUGAUGGUCAAAAGGAGAAAGACACAAUGAUGACACCUAUUCCAUUUGCAAGACCACAAGAUUUAGGCCCAUCAAUUGCUAUCGUAGCAAAAGUCAACCAGAUUCAAGAUCAUUUGCUAAAAAAACAUGAUACUGAGCUCUACAUGCAUUUGAACAGGCUAGAGAUUGCUCCGCAGAUUUAUGGACUGCGAUGGGUAAGACUUCUCUUUGGACGAGAAUUUUCUCUUCAGGACCUUCUUGUUAUCUGGGAUGCUUUGUUUGCUGACAGCAUCACCCUGGAUUUAGUUGACUACGUUUUCCUAGCUAUGCUGCUAUAUAUUAGAGAUGCCUUGAUAUCAAGUAAUUAUCAAACCUGUUUGGGACUUCUGAUGCAUUAUCCGCCCAUUGGAGAUGUACACUCACUCAUCUUGAGAGCUCUUUUUCUCAGAGAUCCAAAGAGAAAUCCAAGACCUGUGAUUUACCAAUUUCGACAAAAUUUAGAUUAUUACAAAGCCUGUGGAGCAGACUUGAUGAGCAAAAAUCGUGUCGGUACAAAGGUUGCACCACUGAACAUAAAUAAAGUUUCCAAUAGCUUAUUAAAUUUUGGGCGAAAGCUGAUUUCCCCAGCCUUGGUUUCAGGUAGUGCUGCGGUGCCGGUUGCAGGUGGCAGCAGCAGCUUCCCAUCUUCUUCUGCAGUGCCUAUUAAGAGCACGGUGAACCUCCCACAGCAACAGCAACAGCAACAGCAAAGAAUGAUGAAAUCUGAAAGUAUGCCAGUUCAACUAAGCAAAGGAGAUGUAGUUACAGGCAGUGAUGCCCAAGGGUCGGUUCCUGUCCAGAACCUAAGUGCUGUCCAAACCACAGUUGCUACAGCAACUCAUGGGCAGAGUUCAAAAAAUGUUAGCUCUUCUCCAAGCACUGAAAGUUUGUCUGGAGGACGGGAAUACACAGAGUCUCCACCUUUGUCAGCAGCCAAGAGAGAGUCCUUUUUCAGCACUAUUUCCCAUUCUCGCUCUCAAAGUAGAAGUAUGAGCAAAAAGGAGUCUGAAGAAGAACUGGAGGCCCAGAUUUCAUUUCUCCAGGGACAACUGAAUGAAUUGGAGGCCAUGUGCAAAUACUGUGCAAAGAUGAUGAACACACAUCUGGGAAAUAUUCAGGAAGUCAUAUUGCAGGAGCACUUAGAGAAAGAAGAUGAGAUUCUAGUUUCCCUGGCUGCACUGAAACAGAUCAAGGAUAUUCUGAAAGGUUCCCUGCGUUUCAAUCAGAGCCAGCUGGAGGCCGAGGAGAAUGAACAAAUCACAAUAGAAGAUGAUCACUACUGUUCCAACUAUCAGAGCAAGGGGGCCAGUGAUUCUGCAGAAAAGCUUUCUGUCACAAAGCAAGUCCUCCUUACAGUGAAGCAGGAUGUUUCUGAUACAAGUGACAACAAGCAUAGUGAUGACUAUAUCUUAGUUUCCAAAGAAGAGGAAGGAAAUGUUAGCAGUGCUCUUCAGCAUGUGCAAACUGUACCACCAUGCAAGGAAACAUCCACAAAGAAUGAGGCUCCAUGUCGCUCUUCUUUAACCUUUUCAGACCCACUGAUGGGUUCCAUGUCUGCCUCUUCUAGCAACCUCAGUUCCAGCCCUGAUGAUGACAGCAGCAACAACAGCAAGGAUUCUGACUUUACUAUCGUGAGCCCCCUAGAAAUUUAAGUAAGCUCCUCAGAAAAAGCCUAUGAGUUCUCAGCUUAUCUGCUGAUGGCACCACAGGACUUGGAAAGUCUGAAUCUAGGAACUCCAGAUUCAUAAAGCCUAAAUAUUCAGUCAGAGCACAGAUAAGGUGAAGGCUAUUCAUUUCAUUAUUUUACAAGACUUUUAAAGUCAUGACUGCCUUUAAAACAUACCCAUCUUAAUACUGAGACCUAAUCUAUGGCUACAGAUACAUGUAAGUUUACUUUGUUAGUAGCAUCCUGAAAAUAAUACCCUGCAGUCCCUCAUCACAGAAUAACACAUCACAUGACCUGAUGAGGGUCAUGACAGAGGAGCAUCUUACCCAAAUCUAAGGAAAGCAUACUGAAGAAAGCAGAUAUUAUUAAGUUAUUUCAUCGCAGGAGAGAGUAAGAUACUCCAUGUAAAAUAGGGCAGUUAGAAAGUAAGAGAAGUAAAGAGAUUGAGAGAAAUAUGUUGACUAUAAGAUAGGCAUUGAGGCAAAGUCUGUCCCCUUCCCUCAAAACAUCUCUCUGGAAAAUACUUACACAGAAUUUACAGAUGGCAGGGAAAAACAGAUCAAUAUUAAUAUCUGGCAAAUCAAAAGCAACCUUGUAAGGUAAUACAAAUUAAAUGUACAUCAGACUCCUUGAAAUACUUAAGGAGCCACUCAAUACUUAAGGAGCCACUCAAUAUAAACUUGGUUCCCAACAUUUCUACACAUGACUACUAUUUCAGGCCCACAACAAUUCCCUCAACCCUUGCUGAAAGAGUGCCCUGGUGUGCUUUUGGAUUUUGAAUGCACAUGGUCUGCAUCUCUACUGUAGCCCCACCAAGGGCAAUACAAUUCCCAGCACUUUAAAUCUCAACGAUGUCACAUUCCACUGAAGAGUCCGUUUCUCUCACUAUUGGAACAGGUGAACAUAUUUGAGGAAGCUGCAUAUUCUGAGAAGAUGUGAAAUCCAAGGUGAAUUAAUAUUCUGGUAACCAUCAGUAAUUCUCAGUGAAUAACACUUAACAGAGAGGUGCUAAUGUAUCUUCCUGGCUCUUAGAAUUUCUGUUCAAAAUAGUUCCUGCUCUGAAUCUCCCCCCAGUGCUUAGAAAACAACCAGAUGAUAACUUUUUUGAAGAGCAGCAAUUCUGGGCUUUACCAAGGUACAUUCUCCAUUGGCAUUAGACUCUCUCUUCAGAGGUAGCACCAGUGCAAAACUGUAUAGCAAACAUCACCCUAGAUUAUGCUGACUGAUUUCACUGGCCCCAAGAAACGAAUUUGAGAAGGGAUUAAUAGGCCCCAAGUCUUUGCCCAGCCAGGAACUUUCACUUUCAUGGAGCUGGGGCCAAGUCACCCGAAGUUGGACCUGCUGGGCUUGCAGAUAGGACAUAUUAGAGCUGCAAGAGGAAAUAGGCUCUUAUAAGGCAUUGCGCUGACCUAGCCCUUCAUUUUGGUGUAUAAAUAUACCCAGAGAAAAUUUCUUCAGGUCUACUCAGGAGGCAUCAGUGGUUCAAUUAUGUCCACCUCUAGAAAAGACCUAAUUUAUUUUUCUGCCACACUUGGAAAGAAAAGCCUCUUACACAUGAAAUGUAUAACACGUUAAGACUUUUUACCAAGGAUUUUGUAUGUCGUUAUCUCCAGGCCCUUCAUGGAAACAAAAAAAAGUUAUUAGCAUUAAUGCAGCCAUUUUUUGAGGCACUGUUCUAUAGAGAAGAUGCCCACUAAAGGUACAAGUAACAAGCUGUGCUUGUGCUCCAUGUAAGAUGUGCUCCAUCUUACUCAUGUAAUUCAAUUGCAGAGCACAUGAUAGGCCCUGAAGAUAUUAAUAAUGAUUAAUAGUGAUUGUAACUGGCAUUAAGGAUACUUCUGCCAAUUUAUUUUUAGUGCCAGUCAUGCUGAACCAAACUGCAGCCUGACCCCACAGCUUUAAAGAAUCUUCUUUCAAACAGCUCUUCUGAGAAUAUAAUUCUUGUCUCUUUGUGCAGAGUCGUGAUUGCUGCAAACCAGGUAGAAUUUGAAGGGUGGGGUUAAGCAACGUAAAAUCCAUAAUAGCACUUUACCCUGAAGAAGUUGAACAAUGCAUUGGGUAAGCUGGCUGUCUCAGAACUGUGUGGUUCCCUCAGAAUUCAGUUGGGGCUGAAACAGGGCAUUUGUUUUGAAUCAGUUAAAAUCCUGGGCAAAAGACCAAACUUAGCAGAUAAUGGUUAUUGCGUUAUGGCAGGUUCAAGAUGAUAUAUUCAGACCCAAUUGAGUAAUUUGUCACCCAAAGAUGUCCCUGUGCCUUGCAAGAAUGGAAAUAACGCUGAGAUGUUGUACACAGAGCUAAACCACGCACCCAAUGUAUAUUAUGUGCCGAACAGUUUAUUGGCUAUUUGGAUACAAGAAUUAAACAUGCUGUGAUUAUGCAGGAUUUCUGUGCCAGUUUAAACCUAACACUCACACUCAUUUGAACGUACUCAGUAAAACCACCUCAGGAUUCUGCCUAAUGGUCUGUAUGCGGGUCUACUUAAUUUCCUUGAAUCUUUAAGAAUGACGAGAGAGAGGAUUACGUGAUAAUUUUGAUUUUUUAAAUUAUUACUAAACGUAUUCCUUUCUGCCUAGAUUUAUUGCUACUGUGGCACAGGGACAAAUGCCAUUAGGAGCAGAUUACUAUUUAAACGUGCAAGAAACAGUUCAUAUUUUACCACAUUGUGGGGAGGGAGGGAAGACUAUUGAAUAUGUUUUGUCAUUUUUUCAAUCUUUGACUUUUACUUUUUGGCGACUACUGAUUUCAGGGAUCAUAUUUUUAUUGUCACAACACUCUCAGUGCCAAGAAACAAUGCAAUUUCUAUAUAAAAAUAAAGUUUUUAUUCAUUAAUAUUGUACAUUUGAAAUACAGCUGAUUUUUUUUUAAUUUUGAGCAGAUUUUUUUUCACCAUUUGCUAUAAUCACCGUAGCUUUACUUCCUUGAUGCCUGUAAUUAUCCCUGGUUUUAGAAAAUAAAUGGUGCUUCAAACUGAUGGAGACAAAGGAAACAUUAGAAAGUUUAUUAGAGGAGUCUAUUUUGGUAACAUGUCCCAGUGUAUCUCAAAAUUACAGUUAAAGAUUGGUGUCUGUGUUUGAUAGUAAGGGAAGUGUUCUGCUUUUGUAUACACAUAAUAAAACCCCAUAUUGCCCUCCAUUAGGUAUAUACCAAGAGGGCAAUUUCUACUUUAAGAUUCCAGUUUAUUCUCACUUCUAAAGGUAAUCUUAUAUUGUUCAUGGAUAAUGUUAAUCUGAUAGAAAAUAAUACCCGGUACAAACUGGUGAUUAGUGCUAAUGUAAGGGACUUCAAAACCUUGUUCUACUUGUUAGAGAAGCAUUCAGUUUUUAAUUUCUUUCGCAUUUAUAACAUAUAUGACUGUUCCAAGUCUUUUGCAUGUAUUGUUGAUCAUGUUACUGCAGAAUGCUGGUGACCAUAUAUUGACAGUGUGCCCAUUUAGCUCUGUAAAUGUUUUAUCUUUCUUCUAGAAGAAUAUCUGGCCUACUUUAUUAAAGAAAGAACUAUCAU